AAUACUAUCAUAACAUUGAAAAUUCCUAAUGACCCAGACAUUGAUAAAAUGCUGGAUUUAUUCUUUCUAAUACCACAUCAUACUCAAGAGUCUAAGGUGGUGGUAUAAAAGAACAUUGUCGGAUAAAUAAUUUCUGUAUUACUACUACCCUUUUGGAAAAAAAUUAUAUUCAAAAAAACAUUUUACACCAGAGUAAAUUGUCUGCUAUUUUGCCAGUGUUGAGCAACCUAAGAAAAGUAUGGAGGUACCUAGAAACGACACAACUCGCAUUGAGCUGCAAGAUCCCUUGGUCCUAGUCUUAGCUCGUUGGAUAUUGGCUAGUGUUGGUAUCGUUGCAAACUCCAUCGUCAUAUUUGUGUUUGUCUACAACAAGUCUUACAAGAAGUCUUUGUCGCUGAAAUUUCUUCUUCAUCAGACUGUGGUUGAUUUGAUUGGCUCUCUGAUAUUUUUUAUCACCCGCAGCAUUGGUAUUUCUGGUGGUAGUUCAUUCUGUAAACUGAAAUAUAUUUUCAUGUACCUGUCAGUAACUUCAACAUACAAUUUUGUUAUGGUUACAAUCGAACGAUAUAUUGCUGUCGUCCAUCCAUUAUUGUAUCGUAAGAAGCCCUUGGGUGGAAAAAUUACAUACCUGUCACUGUUUAGCACUCAUGUGUGCGGUUUACUCUUAACAGGGUUUAUGCUUAUAAAGGCAAACAUAGAACCAGACACUAAAGUAUGUAAACUUGGAGAAACCAACACAGCUGCAAUACUUUUAGUUAUCCCUAUGUGGCUGAUGCCUCUUUGUAUUUUGAUUUACUGUUAUGUGCGGAUGGUUUUGAAAUUACAUAAAACACGAAGAAUUAACCACAAUCCUCAGACUGUCUCAACUCAACCUACGGUGAGCAGAGGCAUUCAAAGAGUCAAGUCAGAUUUGUUGGCUACACUUUUCAUAAUUGCAUUUGUUAAUAUUUUUACAAUGACUCCAGGCUGUGUUUUUUUCAUUUACUUCAUAAUGAGCCAUGGUGUUAUUCAUAUAUUUCGUGAGGUGAGUAUGUUGUUGCUGGAUUUAAAUCUUACUAUUAAUCCAUUUAUUUACUGUAUGGCAUACGAAGAUUUUCAAAGGGGACUUCGCAAGAUCAGACAAGACAUACUCAAGAAAAGAAAGUAAACCAAAAGCAAGAUUUACUGAUAAGAAAUAAAAAGUAAAGAAAAGGGAAAGAUGUAAUUGAUGGGGAAUAAUAGUAUUUUUUCCAUUUGGACACAUUAGUAUUUUUUUCAAGGUAUUGCGUAAAAUGCACGGAAUAAUAUAAAGUGUUACUAUAAGUUACCGUCACAUUUUUCAUUUCAUUUAUUCAACAUUUAUUCGACCAUUUAAACAAGUGUGGAAAUUAACUAAAUUGAAAUUACAGGUACAUAACAGUGGUCAUGGCACGACACAAAAAGGGAAAGAUGUAAUUGAUAGGGAAAAAUAGUAUUUUCUCGUUUAGACACAUUAGUAUUUUUUUAAGGUAUUGCGUAAAAUGCAAGGAAUAAUAUAAAGUGUUACUAUAACUUACUGUCACAUUUUUCAUUUCAUUUGUUCAACAUUUAUUUGACCAUUUAAACAAGUGUGGAAAUUAAAUAAAUUGAAGUUACAGGUACAUAACAGUGGUCAAGGCACGAAACAGAAACUUUUAUGAGUCCGUCAUUGUCGCCCCUCUUCAAAGACAGCAAUUAUACAAUAAUACAUUAAAAAUUAAAUAAAUGGAAAAUAUAUACUCUAUCGAAUAAAUAAGAUGAAUGUAAUGUUUGACCUGAAUAUUCACAAAUAUAAUUUAACCCCAUUACCCUAAUUAUUUUUUAUUAAAAUGACAGUUAAUAAUGUUCAUCGUUAUUAUUGUGUUGUUGAGUUCAAUGGGUUUUAGUUUAUGUGGAUCAUUGGGUUUUAUAUGAAGGUCAGUUUAAGUUUUGAUUUGAAUUGUUUUAAUGUGUUUGCAGAUGUUAAACCUUGGAAUUCAGAAAGAAGUUCUAUAACUUUAGACUAAUUGUAAUGGUAAUGGUGGGAUAUUUGUAGUGCGCCUUACACAAUAAAAUCGUCUCAAGGCGCCGAAAAAAGGUAGGACCAUGAAUUUAAAAAAAAUUUAUUGAAAUGUUGGCUUGAAGUUAGCCUGGUAAAUUGGACCUCUUAUUUUCUGUCGCUUUCUGAAGUUUUACUUUUAAGAAAAUUUGCUACAUUUUUUGACAUUACUUAGUAUUUUCAUUAUCUGUUAGGUAAGUAAUGUUUUUUUUUUACGUAUUUGUACAUAAAGCAUAACA